GGGGAAAUAUAAAUAGCUGCAGUAUAUGUGGGCACUGAGGAGCCCACUGGCUACGCCGGUGUAACAACUGCACAGGGAGCACAGCCAUUUCAGUUAAGCAGCACCUUACCCUGUGUCAACUCUAACAGAUGAGCACGGAAACGGGACAUGACUUUUAUCAAUCGGAGGACGACCUGGAUGAAGAUGAGGCUACACAAUAUAUAAUUGAACAAAGUCUCAUUCAGUAUAGAAAACUCAAAGGGCUAAAUCCAAAUGAUCUGAAACCCGGUGAAGACCCUGAUGAGAUUUUCAAAGCGAUCAAGGAGGGUGAUGAGGGUGCCCUGAACAGACUGGCCGCGCUACCAGAGACUCUGUCCAGAGUUGAUGAGCGUGGAUGGAUUCCACUGCACGAGGCUGCGGUGCAGGAGAACAAAAAGAUAUUAGAAAACGUCUUCUCGGCGUCACCCCCCGGUGCCGCCCAGUGUCGCACUCUGAAGGGUGAGACGCCACUGUUUCUAGCCGUGGUCCACGGACUAAGAGAGAACGCCACAUUCCUGUUGCAGAAUGGUAGCAGCCCUGAUCUCCAGAACGAUGAGCAGGAUUCUCCAUUAGUGGCAGCUAUUCUGAAUGACCAGUAUGACCUAGCCACUCUCUUGCUUCGUUACAACGCCAACGUGGACCAAACGGGGCCACUAAACAGGACGGCUCUGCACGAGUCUGCCUUCUUAGGUUUGGAAAACUUUGUCUAUCUGCUCCUGGAGUCCGGCGCUAACCCGAAUGCAUGUGACAUCAAGAAAAAAACUCCUCUGGCUCUGGCAGCACUGAACGGACAUCUGAAUGUGGUGGAGAUUCUGUUACAAAAAGGGGCCCAUGUGUGGUGUGAAUCAGAGUCAGGGACUAUUUUGUUUGAUGCAGCAGCAUCAGGAAACCCUGAUAUAAUCUCCCUGCUGCUGGAACAUGGAGCAGAUCCCAACCUGCCCCUUUACAGUGGCCACCUGCCAAUUCACCGCGUGGCUUACCACGGACACCGACUGGCGCUGGAGCACCUCAUCCCGGUCACCAAGCAGUCCGCUGUGAAGGAAAGCGGGAUGAGUCCCCUCCACUCUGCCGCCGCCGGCGGACAUGCCCAGUGCGUGGAGAUACUGCUCAAAGCUGGCUACGAUCCAAACUUCAUGCUGCACCCGAGGGUGCGCCGCAACUACGACGACGAGCGCAGGUCCUCCCUCUUUUUCGCCGUGUCCAACAACGACCUCCAGUGCGCCCGUCUGCUGCUAGAGGCCGGGGCAAUGGUGAACCAGGAUCCCAUCAACUGUCUGCAGGUGGCUCUCAGACAAGGCAACUAUGAAAUGAUCAACACCUUGCUGAAGUUUGGGGCAAACGUCAACUACUACUCGCGCGUGAACACCACUCACUUCCCCUCAGCACUGCAGUACGCCUUGAAAGACGAAGUGAUGCUGAGAAUGAUUCUGAACCAUGGUUAUGAUGUCAAGCGGUGCUUUGAAUGUCCAUACGGAGACAGUUCCCAUGACUAUCCUCCUUGGACAACCUCGGUCAUCAAAGAUAUGGUGUUCUGUGAGGUGAUAACAGUGUCCUGGCUGAAGCACCUAUCUGCCCAGGUGGUGCACAUCAUGCUCGACUACACCGACCACGUCUCCUUCUGCACAAAACUCAAGGAGACCUUGCAGGAGCAGAAACAGUGGCAGGAAAUCUGUCACGUUCAGAGAAACGCACGGAGCCUGAAGCACCUGUGUCGGUUGCGGAUAAGGGAGCAUCUCAGUCGCCUGCGCUUGAGAGCCCCAGUUUUUAUAAACUUCCUUCCUCUUCCUCCCAGGCUGAAAGAUUACCUUCGCUACAAGGAGUUUGAUGUUUACAGCAGGGGCAGCAUGGUUCACCCCUAGCGAACACACAUGUACGAACGUCACAGAUAUCACUGUUAUAUUGUGUAAAAUACUGCCUUGUUAUUAUGUGCUCUGAAAACGACAUGUCUUAUGAACUUCAUGGCUUGCUUUCUGUUAUCGGCUACAGUAGGAUAUUAAAAUGAAACAUUGUAUUCUUUGUUACGCUUGGUCUUCUGGUUCCAUGCACCAUUAUAGAGGGGACAUUAAAAGAAAAUUAAAUAUUGUGACAGUGUUACUAUACAUAGAA